GAGCAGGCCCACUACCAGGGCAACCCAGAGGCCAGGUGAGGCCUGCGCGCAGGCGCAGUAGCGGCCCUCACUCCCCAGCAGCUCGGGUUGCUCCCCUGAACUGCCAACACCACUAAAGCAGAGGGCGCAGUCGUCAUGGAGCCCCCCGAGAAAGACGAAGGACCGCUCCUGCCCCCCAUCCACGGAGCUGCGCCUGCGCCGCCGCCGCCUCCCGCCUCAGCUCCUCUCCGCAGACCCAAGUCGGCUCGAACAGCGCCCCCUGCUGUAGGUAAAAUAAACUGGGAUCCUUAUGAAUCAACAAUGAAACACGAGUUUGUCUUUAAACCUGCAACAGAUGUGGAUGCAGAUUGUGCCAGAACAGGGACAGGGCACGUGAUUCCCUUUCAAGUGGAUGAACCAACUGCAAGGAAUAUUUACAAAGAUGAAUACUGCUGGAAGCCUUAUUCCAAGGCAGAACCUAUCAGGAGUGGCAGUGCAUCGGGAAUAAGGAGAAACAACCCACAGCCUGGCAACCGAUUUCUGAUAUGGCAAAUGCCUCGAGGGGAAAUGCCAUUGCCUACGGAAAGUUUUUCACCUUGGACAAAAUCUAUUAGCAAACAAGAGAUUGAGGACGUAUUAAAAAGGCAAUAUAAAACAUCUUAUGCAAGAGAUUAUUUAGGGAUACAACCAGGUGCUGCAAAAGAUGAUUUUACAGCUCCUCCAGAUUGGAAAACAUUGGUUCCAAGGCCUCCAGAUACUGAAUUCAGGCGUAAUUUCCAGCCACAACCCCAUGAUCCAGAUUUAAAGUAUUUUACUCGGAAAUAUGGUUGCAAUGCAAAGCGCACGACUCCAGUAAAAGGCGCGGUUCCUUCAGUGUCAUCUGCCCAGAUCUGGAAUUAUGAACACAGUAAACAACUGUCCACCUACCAGAGAGACUUUGGAAAAGAUUAUCUUGAAAUGGUAUCAGUUUUGAAUUCUCUAGACCCAGAAGAAAUUAGAGCCUAUGUGGACAGAUCUCCUUAUCCAGAAAAAGCAAUUCUUCAGAACUUCCUUGACAAGGUCAACAAAACAUUCCCAAGGCCUUCCUCCUCAAAGAAGAUGGAAAAAAAUCCAGUCAAAGCAUGUGAUGAUUGUCAGGAGAAACCCCAGCCAUCCUCUGGGCAGCUGGACCACAACUGAAUGCCCUUCGGGUUUCUCUAACAUUAAACCUUUUGAAGAGUUA